CAUCUAUCAGUGCAGAGGAAGAAGAGGAAACCCAGUUUUCUUCACAAACCUCAGCAAAGUGUAUCACAUUCAGAAAACAUUGUCCAACAGGGCCUUUGUGACUCUGCAACAGAACUGGACUCAGAUAUUCAGCGGUGAGAUGAUCACCAUCAAAUGUGAGAUCCAAGGAGGAGAAAACACUGAGUGGCAGCAUGAAUGGAGAACAACAAGCUCAAAAACACCUCCCACACACAGUGAAUACAACAUCAGCAGUGCUUCAUUUUCCUACAACGGGCAAUAUUGGUGUAAGGGUAGAAGAGACUUGUUCUUCUCAACAGCUUGGAGUGAUGCUUUUACACUAAAAGUCUCAAACAAACCCAGACCCACAAUUACUGCUGAGAGAAGAACUAUACCAGCUGGAGGCAAUGCAACACUCAGCUGCUCUGUGGGGAGCUACAAUGAGUGGAAAUACUUCUGGUUCAGACGUGCCUCAGUCUUCUCAGAAAUUCAGGUGAUUAGAAACGACGAACCAGAUCAAAUGAUCACUGUCACACAGGGAGGUAUCUACUACUGCAAGGGAGGGAGAGGAAACCCAGUUUUCUUCACAGAGGACAGUGAUCCAAUCACUAUUGAAAAAAGAGUUUCCAGCAAAGCAGUUGUGUCCCUGGAGCCCAGCUGGCCUCUGAUAUUCAGUGGCGAGAAGAUCACUGUUAGAUGUCAGAUUUCUUUAGGUGGAAGCACUGAGUGGGAAUAUUUGUGGAGAUCCCAUGCAUGGGAGUAUGAGUGGAGCAAACCUGACUCAAGCACAGUUCUGACAAAUGAUGCAUCCAUCAAUCUUAAUGCAUCUGUGAUCAGCAGUGGAAGCUACAGGUGUAUGGGUAAAAACAAACAGGAGCUGUAUUCUGUGACAGAGUGGAGUGAUGUCAUCACACUGACAGUCUCUG